AUCGUUUCAUAUCUAGUUUGGCGGGCAAUUUUCUAUGACACAUCGGCAGCUGGUUUUGUUUUUGGUUAAAUUCAUUUGAAUUUUGAAAGCAAUAAGAGGCUAGUUAACUUUUAUGGCAAUGAUUCGACAGCGUAGGAGAAGAAGUGAGGAUGAGGUUAGUGCAGAGGCGCCGCAGGACAAAGAAAACACAGGUCAAGAUAACAACCCUCCAAAACGUCGUAGCGCACGCUUGACUCGUAAUACGCGCUCGAUGGCCGAGGGCGAUAUUGCUAUACCUGAAGAAAUAGAAAUCAAGCGCAAACUGCCCUUUAUAAAAUACAAAGGCGAAAUCAAGUAUUACACGGAAGGACAUGAAAUAGCUGAAACAGCAGAUUUGGUGUUUCAAUGGGUGGAAAAGCAAGUACAUGUGGAUCUAGUGCCAAUGGCUUUUGAUAUGGAAUGGCCUUUCUCAUUCCAAACAGGUCCCGGUAAAUCUGCAGUGAUACAAAUUUGCGUAGAGGAGCACUGCUGCUAUAUUUUUCAACUGACCAAUUUAAAACGUUUGCCAGCUGCCCUGGUGGCACUACUAAAGCACCCGAAAGUACGGCUACAUGGCGUCAAUAUAAAAAGUGACUUUCGAAAGUUGGCGCGUGAUUUCCCCGAAGUGAAUGCGGAUCAUCUAAUCGAGAAGUGCAUUGAUUUGGGCGUUUGGUGUAAUGAAGUGUGCCAAACAGGCGGGCGAUGGAGUCUGGAGCGCUUGGCAAACUACAUUGUCGAACAUGCUGUGGACAAGAAUAAGAAAGUACGAAUGAGUAAAUGGCAUGCUAUACCACUCGAUGAAAACCAGCUGCUAUAUGCAGCUAUUGAUGUUUAUAUAGGACAAGUCAUUUAUCGUGAGUUGGAAAAACGAGAACAAAUCAAACUGAAGAAUGAGCAGGAGUUUAAAGAGAAAAACGGUGAAGCUGCGUUUAAAGCGAUAAAGUCAUUAGGGGAAACAUUUUUAAAUGAGGCUGAUGAAAUAGAAAAAUCUGAAACUUUGAAAGACGCCAAAACUAUUGAUUAACGUAAAGUAAAUAUAUAUACGUAGCUAGAAAUGCACGUAAUUUUAAAAGUGCGAUAUAAUAUGUAGUGUAAAAGUAAUUAUUUCUAUUAUCAUUUUUGUAUGCUUGAUAUAAUUUUUUGAUUAUUUCGCUCAACUUCAAUAGGGUCUUAACUAAAAAAGCAAAACUCGAGGUAAACGACUCUUUAAGUUUUGCAUUUGCAUGCGUUACCUUAAUACGGAAAACCCCUAAUUCAUUUUCCUUUUAAAUCUAAUAUUGUGCAAAAAAUCUUCCGAUUACUCAUUAAACCAACUAAAAAAAAUCUACUAAAGCAUAAAAUUAGUUACAUUCUUCAAUAAAAACACUCAUUCAAA